GAGUCCUCGAAGUGAACUUCACUAACUUAAGGAGCAAACAAACCACGAGAAGAAGAGUUAGGUGAAACAAAAAAACCCAAAAGCAAUGGCCCCUUCACUCGCCGCCGUUAAUCGAGAUCUCGCCGCCGCAUCUCCGGAUAACUCUCCGGCGGCGAAAGGACGUGCUUCGGUCUACAGCGAAGUCCAGUCGAGCCGGAUCAACAACGCCCUUCCUCUGCCUUCUGUGCUCAAAGGAGCAUUCAAAAUCGUCGAAGGUCCCGCUAGCUCCGCCGCCGGGAACCCAGAUGAGAUUGCGAAGUUGUUUCCUGGUCUGUAUGGUCAGCCGUCUGUAUCAGCUGUUCCAGAUCAGAGUGCAGCUUUGUCGGGAGAGAAGCUGAAGAUCGGUGUUGUUCUGUCUGGAGGGCAGGCGCCUGGUGGACACAAUGUGAUCUCUGGAUUGUUCGAUUACUUGCAGGAGCGUGCGAAAGGAAGCACCUUUUACGGGUUCAAGGGUGGUCCAGCUGGUAUCAUGAAAUGCAAAUAUGUUGAGUUGAAUGCUGAAUACAUUCUUCCUUACAGGAACCAGGGUGGUUUUGACAUGAUCUGCAGUGGAAGAGACAAGAUUGAAACGCCUGAGCAGUUUAAACAAGCUGAAGAAACAGCAAAGAAGCUAGAUUUGGAUGGAUUGGUGGUUAUCGGUGGAGAUGACUCCAACACCAAUGCUUGCCUCCUUGCUGAAAACUUCAGGAGUAAGAACUUGAAGACCCGAGUCAUUGGGUGCCCAAAGACCAUUGAUGGUGACUUGAAAUGCAAGGAGGUUCCUACUAGUUUUGGGUUUGAUACAGCUUGCAAGAUUUACUCUGAAAUGAUUGGAAAUGUCAUGAUUGAUGCAAGGUCAACUGGAAAGUACUAUCAUUUUGUAAGGCUUAUGGGUCGUGCUGCUUCCCACAUUACGCUUGAGUGUGCUUUACAAACUCACCCAAACAUAACCAUUAUUGGAGAGGAGGUGUCUGCUCAGAAGCAGACUUUGAAGAACGUCACGGAUUACAUGGUUGAUGUUAUCUGCAAGCGUGCUGACCUUGGUUACAACUACGGUGUUAUUCUGAUUCCAGAAGGUCUGAUCGACUUUAUUCCCGAGGUUCAGGAGCUGAUCGCAGAACUGAAUGAAAUUCUGGCAAAUGAGGUGGUUGAUGAAAGUGGAGAGUGGAAGAAGAAGCUCACCGAGCAAUCCCUGAAGCUGUUUGAUCUUCUGCCUGAAGCGAUUCAGGAACAGCUGAUGCUCGAGAGAGACCCACACGGAAAUGUCCAGGUGGCCAAGAUUGAGACUGAGAAGAUGCUCAUUCAAAUGGUUGAAACUGAAUUGGAGAAAAGAAAGGAAGCUGGUUCAUACAAGGGACAAUUCAUGGGCCAGUCUCAUUUCUUCGGGUAUGAAGGAAGGUGCGGUUUGCCUACAAACUUUGAUGCCACCUACUGUUAUGCACUUGGUUAUGGUGCUGGAGUGCUUCUCAACAGUGGGAAAACCGGACUGAUUUCUUCGGUGGGGAACUUGGCUGCUCCUGUGGAAGAAUGGACUGUAGGUGGAACUGCUCUCACAGCUUUAAUGGAUGUGGAGAGGAGACACGGUAAGUUCAAGCCUGUGAUCAAGAAAGCAAUGGUGGAACUUGAAGGUGCACCGUUUAAGAAAUUCGCAUCGCUGCGCGAGGAAUGGGCUUUGAAGAACCGAUACAUCAGCCCUGGUCCAAUCCAAUUCACGGGACCUGGUUCAGAUGCUCUCAGCCACACUCUACUUCUUGAACUCGGGGCUCAAUGAUCUCUCGAGUAACCAACCGGCUUUCCUUUCAUUCUACAUCUCGAUUUUCUGCUUUCCUUGGGAUUUCACGUUUGGUCUUCUCUUUUUUCUUUUAUCUUGAAACCUAUAUGUCUCCAUCUUACCGUUAAGCAUUCAUCACUCUAAAUGUUUUUUUUUUUGUUGUGUUUUUCUACAUAUAAUAUAAUAUAUUAUAAUAUGGAGCCUACAUCUAA